AUGUCGUCGUUCUUAAAAUGGUUUGGUUGGGGAACGACAGAGAGGGAAGUUCCUAAACAGCAACAGAAGCUCAAGCCUUGUUGCGCUUGUCCAGAAACCAAACGAGUGAGUUUACGUUACUUUGGGGGGUUGGAUAGGAUUGCCAGCCUGCACCAAAUAAUGUUAAUUUAGGUACGUGAUGAAUGUAUUGUUAUCAAUGGCGAAGAAAACUGCGGAGAAUUCAUAGAAGCUCAUAAAGCAUGCAUGCGAAGUCAUGGUUUCGAAGUUUAA